UGUAUGCAGUACGCAUACACGACAAUUUUGAAAUCAGUUAUCGUGUGAAUAGUUCACAAACCUGUUCACAAUGGUCGGAUUCAGUGUCAUUUUUGUCUUUUCCUUUUACUUGUAUUUGAGCAAAGUAUUAGAAUGUGAUUCUCUAUCAAGAAGUCGGUGUCCGACCAUAGAGCUGGAUAACGGUCGAGUACGAUUGAGAUCGUCUGGACGGACAGCGAGGAUUACUUGCUUACCGCCUUUCAAGCUGGUUCGUGGUAACGAGGUGGCGAAUUGUGUUCGAGGGCAAUGGGACACCGAUAAUCCGAUUUGCGCCAGAGAAGGUUGUCUUAUCCAAGACUCUGUGCCUCAUGGAAGAUUGGACGUUCUCAACCAAGGUGCUAAAUUAGAAGUGAUAUGUGAUAUUGGAUAUACUAUAGAUGGUCCAAGUUAUGUUUAUUGCAAUGAGGAUUUGGAAUGGAGUGAAGAAUUAAAAGGGUGUAAAGAGCAUGAUCAAAUAUUUUUAUCUUGUGAUUUCGAAUCGUCAGAUGAAAGAUUUUGCGGUUGGAAAAACGAUAUUUUUAAUGACAUUGAUUGGUUGGCUGAUAAAAUGACAUUUAUUUUAUUUACUACCAGGCGUCACGUAUCACCCGGAUCUUCUCAGUAUUUUAAAAGUAAUUAUAUAUCUUUGGAUGCUGGAAGUUACGGUUCCACUACUACCGGACGAUUAUUAUCACCAACACUUCUACCAGUUAGAAGUAAACAAAGGUGUUUGAUAUUUGCUUAUAGAGUAAUGUCAGGAAGUUCAAACGGUAUUCCUACUCUAAAAGUCACUUUUGGUGGCAUACCUCACUGGGAAUCUCAUGAAGGAGAAGGAAGAGUUAUAAUUGGGUUGUAUCAAUUUAAUAUUACAACUAGAAUCGUAAUUGAAGGGAAAAGUUGUAAGGCAGCCAUUGAUAAUAUUGUUAUUACAGAGGGUGAUAGUUGUAAUAAACGACCGUACGAAGAAGAGACACAAAGUUGUCAUGAUAAUUGUGGAAAAAUAACGUUCGGUAGGUGUUCAUGUGAUUGGGAAUGUUAUAAUAAUAACAACUGCUGCCCAGACAUACAAAUCAAAUGUCCGUAUAUCGUUCCAAUGGAUAAUAUCACUAGAUUAUAUUUAACUACUGCAACUACUCCAACUACUCCAACUACUCCAACUACUCCAACUACUCCAACUACUCCAACUACUCCAACUACUGCCACAAAGACCACGGUGACGACUACAGCAAAAAAUACAAUUUUAAAUGUAACCGUUAACAAUACAACGUCUUCUAAUCCCAUAAUAACAACUCCAAAAAACGGAUACAAUCAUACGAUAAUAAUUGACAAAAUUACCACAGCAAGUACUGUUAAAUCUUCGAACAUUACAUCUACGUUUGCACCCGUAUCUAUAACAAAUUUAACAACGAAGUCCAUGAUUGUAUCAAUUCCAUUGACUACGACGUCCACCGAAGUACCAACAAGUACUUUAUAUGUUAAUUCCACGACAUCUAGUUCCAUUAACCCUCAUUCAGUAACUACAAGUUCUAAUGCGUCAAUGGUUAUUCCAAGUAUAGUGGUGGACAUUCAACGUAAUUCGUCAAAAAUAAUCAGUACACCUUCUAUGGCGAUAAUCCCUAACAUCUCUAGCUCGACAAUCGAAUCUAUAACAAUGAACAAAACUUUUGCUACCGAAAAAUUAAAUAUUACGCCUACUGCGAUCACCAAAUCUUUGAUGGCAAAUACCACUAUUUCUAUGAGUACGACAUUACCUAAUAUGUCUAGCUCGACGUCCAGACCAGAUAAACUUAAUCCUACUAUGAAGGUGAUUUUUAUUCCUACUAUAGUUACUAAAUCUGUAGUGGAAAAUACUCCUUUAAUGACUUCAACGGCAGUUUAUUUAACUAACUCAACCGUUAAACCACUUAUUAAAAUAUAUACAACACUUUCUACCUUAAAAUUAAUUAAUUCAUCUACCACAACCGCUAAAAGUAUAAUGGUAAAUUCCACAUCCACUACAGCAUUAAUUAAUAAUUCUACUAAGUUAUCAAUCAAAUCGAAUAUCCCUGCAAUUAGUGAUGAACAGUUGAGUAAUAAAUCACUUAAUACUCAACAAACAAAACAGAAAACCAUAAUCAACGAAAAUAGAACAACGUUAAAUAAUUCAACAACUCGCGUACCGAGUAUCGUCAAAUAUUUAAACGACUCAAUUGUUCCUGAUAAAAAAAUGGUAGUUUUCGAUAUCUCUGGGCCAAAUCCUAACCUAAAACCAUUUGAAUACAAUAGAACUUUAAACGAUAAAGAUCUCCUUAAUAUAACAACCGAAUCUUAUAACUUUUCGGAUCUAAGGAAUUCUAGUAUGCCAUAUAAAAAUAAAAAGCCAACAAAAGUGUUAAAAGUUCACGAGGAACCGGAAUUAAACAAUUUACUUCAUAACCAAUCCACUAAAAACAUUGAUAAUCAGUUGGCAGAGCACGUGAAACAAUAUGAAAAUACGGACUCUACUUACACAUUUGAUACCGUUACCAUUAUUAAAUACAUCGCUGCACUCGGUGUCGUUCUUCUCACUUUCAAGUUCACUUUGUCCUUUAUAUUGUUGCGUUUCAAUAAACCUUCCAGUGAUGAAAUGGGCGAACGCUUCAUUGGGAUGGAUAGUGAAAGUUCUUGUAACAUGGAACUGAUGAGUAAUAACAAGGAAUGAAUCAUCUAUGUUUUUUAGUUUAUUUAUUAAUUAUUUUAAUACAUUAUGAUAUAAGGCUUAUCUCAUAUGAAUUGUGUUUAAUAGUUUGACUAAUGUCUACAAGUGAAUUAAUUUUUAGAUGUACAUAAAGUAAUUCAAUGUAAAAAUGGUAAAUUAUUAAUGUUUUGAAUUGGUCGA